CUGGAGCCCGCUACUCUCCCGGGCAGAGCUGAAGUCGCACCAGACCUGCUGGAGGAGCAUCGUGAGGACCGUUAUACCGGCAGAGAUGGCGAAGGAGGGAACGGAGACGGCGGAGGAAACCGAGCAGAUGAUCGAGAAGAAUGGAGCUAAAGAGCCGGAGAGCGCCGUCAAUGCGCCGGAUUCAAAGGAAAUGCGCGCUGUGCUGCUUGCAGGCUUUGGGGGUCUAAACAAACUCAAAGUGACCAAGAAAGCCAUGCCUGAACCCCAAGAAGGAGAAGUGAAAAUCCGCGUUAAAGCAUGCGGCUUGAAUUUUCUCGAUCUCAUGGUACGUCAAGGAAAUAUCGAUAAUCCUCCGAAAACCCCUCUAGUGCCUGGAUUUGAAUGUUCUGGAAUAGUGGAAGCUGUGGGAGAAAAUACCAAAGGCUUUGAGAUCGGUGACCGAGUAAUGGCCUUUACAAACUACAACGCUUGGGCCGAGGUGGUGUGCACGCUGCAGGAUUGGGUUUAUAAGAUACCUGAUGAGAUGACUUUCCCCGAGGCUGCUGCUUUCUCUAUGAACUUUGUGGCUGCAUACAUGAUGCUGUUUGAAGUGGCCAAUCUCCGGGAGGGGAUGUCUGUAUUAGUUCACUCAGCAGGGGGAGGAGUGGGUCAAGCUGUUGCUCAGCUGUGCGCCACCGUCCCCGACGUCACGGUGUUCGGCACGGCCUCUCCCUUCAAACACGAAGCCAUCCGUCACUCCGUCACUCACCUGUUCGACAGAAACCUGGACUAUGUAGCAGAAGUUCGAAAGAUCUCGCCUGAAGGAGUGGACAUUGUUCUCGAUUGUCUGUGUGGUGAGAACACGGGGAAAGGUCUGAGUCUCCUGAAGCCCCUCGGCACAUACAUCCUUUACGGUUCUUCGAACAUGGUGACGGGCGAGACGAAGAGUUUCUUCACCUUCGCCAAAUCUUGGUGGCAGGUGGAGAAGGUUAACCCCAUCAAACUGUAUGAAGAAAACAAAGUCAUGGCUGGAUUUUCGCUGCUCAGCCUCCUCUUUAAGCAGGGUGGCUGCAGCCGAGUGAAAGGCGCUGUCAACAAACUGCUUUCGCUCUACAGUGAGAAGAAGAUCAGACCUUUAGUGGAUUCCCUAUGGGCUCUUGAGGAGGUGAAGGAGGCCAUGCAGAGAAUCCACGACAGAGGAAACAUCGGAAAGCUGAUCCUGGAUGUGGAAAAGUCUCCCACUCCUUUAAUGGCGAGCGACAGCACCGAGACGAGCGAGGCGGGUGAGGAAGAGGAGGAGCAUGAAGGAGACAGUGAUAAUAAGGAGCGAAUGCCCUUCAUCCAGUAGACCCCAGUGACGAGCCGCAGGGGAAGGAGAGACUGUGAGGGGAUGAGUGACCCGUGUUCCCCCCACGCUGUAGUGAAGUGUACGAGUGUGUGACUGUAGUGCAUCUGAAAAUAUCCUUCUUGCCAACUCAAGUGCCAUUCCCAGCACAGUGCUGAAGUGUUCCAGUGUUUCCUGAUGUGUGUGUGUGUGUGUGUGUGCGCUUCUGCUUCCCACCUCUGUGGAUGUGUUGACCGUGUGGUGUGCAGUUCUGCUCUGUUAGUGACUGAGGAAAGCAAGGCUCAGCGCCUGACUCCGUGUCUGACUCCAUGUCUGCCUCUGUGUCUCUGUGUCUGCCUCAGUGUGAGGUUUAACACAGCCUGUAGACUUUGAGGCUCUAAGGCAAGGAAAAAAUGUAGUAAGUUUGUAAAACAAAAUCUGAAAGGAGGGAGGGAGGGAGGGAGGGAGGAAGGAAGGAAGGAAGGAAGGAAGGAAGGAAGGAAGGAAGGAAAGACAGAAAGAAACAAAGACAGAAAGAAAGAAAACUGGGAAAAGGAAGGGAGGAAGGAAGGAAGGGAGGGAGGGAGGAGAGAAGGAUGGAAAGAAAGAAAGAAAGAAAGAAAGAAAGAAAGAAAGAAAGAAAGAAAGAAAGAAAGAAAGAAAGAAAGAAAGAAAGAAAAACAAAUAAAGAAAACUGGGAAUAGUAAGGAAUGGGAAUGGGAAUAGGAAGGAAGGAAGAAAGGAAGGAAAGACAGAAGUCUUCUUCAAAGACAGAAGUCCAGAGCCUUUAGGACACUACGCUGGUCACACAGCAGGACCAAGCAGGUAGCUCUCUCUUUCUCAGAUUGUAAUUCAGCAGGAAGUGAUUUGAGCUUUAGAAAGGAGGUGAAGCUGAGCAGCAGCAGCAGAGUGAAGGAGAGCAGACACUGUUGGCUUUUGUGAUUCUGCAUGUGUGUGUGGAUCUGUGUUGUGUUUACACUCUGGUGCCUGUGCUGAGUUCAUGUUUCAAAAAGUAUAUUUUUGCAAGAGUGUAAUGUGUGUAGAGAGAACUGUAACUGUACCUGUACUUCUACCCGUACCUGUACCUGUAUCUCUACCUGAAGCUCUACCUAUACCUGUUCUUCUACCUAUACAUGUCUCUAUACCUCUAUCAUACCUCAUACCUCUAUCUGUACCUGUAACUGUACCUGUACCUAUACAUGUACCUCUCCCUAUACAUGUACCUCUCCCUGUACCUGUACAUCUAUCUCUACCUAUACCUCUACCUGUACCUCUCCCUACACAUGGUCCUCUCCCUGUACCUGUACAUCUAUCUCUACCUAUACCUCUACCUGUACCUCUCCCUACACAUGGUCCUCUCCCUGUACCUGUACAUCUAUCUCUACCUGUACCUCUACCUGUACCUAUACAGUACAUGUACCUCUCCCUGUACCUGUACAUCUAUCUGUACCUGUAACUGUACAUGUACUUCUACCUGAACCUCUACCUAUACAUGCACCUCUCCCUGUACCUCGAUCUGUACCUGUACCUAUACAUGUACCUCUCCCUAUACAUGUACCUCUCCCUGUACCUGUACAUCUAUCUCUACCUAUACCUCUACCUGUACCUCUCCCUACACAUGGUCCUCUCCCUGUACAUCUAUCUCUACCUGUACCUCUACCUGUACCUAUACAGUACAUGUACCUCUCCCUGUACCUGUACAUCUAUCUGUACCUGUAACUGUACAUGUACUUCUACCUGAACCUCUACCUAUACAUGCACCUCUCCCUGUACCUGUACCUCGAUCUGUACCUGUAAUUGUACCUGUACCUAUACAUGUACCUCUACCUGAACCUGUACCUAUACCUCUGUUUGUACCUGUACCUCUACCUGAACCUGUACCUGUACCUCUGUUUGUACCUGUACCUAUAGCUGUAUCAGUACCUUCAUUCCUAACCUGUUCCUGUACCUCUCCCUAUACCUGACCCUAUAAUUGUACCUAAACACCUUCUGUACCUGUCCCUCUAUAUCUACCUGUACCUUUAACUGUACCUGUGCCUGUAUCACAUACACUGUACCCUAACAUAAGGAAACAACAUGCAUCACACAUACCUCUAAUCAUACAUACUGAAUAAUUAUGCAUAACCGAUAUCUGUCAGAACAUUCCACAACAAGUGAAACACAUUAAAAUGAGUAAAAUUAGAAACAAAGUGAGAAAAGAAAACAGAAAGAGAAUGGCUGUACUGUACUUUCUUUAGUGCCAGUUUAGGAGGGAAAUAUAAAAUUAUUUUUAUACUCUGAGACAUAACUAGAAAAUGAAAUUGUAAGAUAGAAAAGAAAAUAUUUACUUACUUCCAAAUCUCUCCAAAAGAAUGAAAGAAAAAAAGGUAUUUUUAUGGCUUUCAAAGGAAUAACUGUCUAAAGUCAUGUUUCUUACUGAUAUUAUAGAAAGCACAAUAGGAAAGAAGGAAAAAGAGCCUUAACUUUUGAAAUGUUAAAGGUAAUGACUGUAAUUUUGGGGAGGAUGAAGCAAAGUAAAGCGGAAGAGAAAAUGUUUACUUAUUUCAAGUGACAGAAAGAAAGCAAGGAAGAAGAAAAGAAGGCAUGAAAGAAAAUGUUAAAAACUGAUUUUAGAGCUAAAUGAUAAAGAAAGAUUGAAGGGAAAAGAAGAGACAGAUUAAUUAUCAUUUUAGUUACAAAAAGCAUCUCAUAAAAAUAAAAGAUGACAAGAAACUAGUCUCUAACCAUCACCACACUUUCAUCACCACAAACUGACCCUGAUGCUGAGGUUUGAAUAGUGAGAGGUCAAUGAUAUGCCACACUCCGGUCCAGUCUUUCCAUAACUCCAGUAUGUUGUGUGAAAUUUCAGUCCCAGGCUAUAAAAUGGCUUUUUUCUUCCUGUUCCUAGUGUCUCAAGUGUGUGAAAGCUCGAUGACUUGCCUUAAAAAGUAGAACUCUUCAUGCUUGGUAAUUGUGUCUAGAGUCAUUCCAGGCAGAAAUGUUUAGAUGUAGUGAAGCUGAUUUGCUUUUGCUGUGUUGUGUAUAGAAAGAGUUAAAAAAUAAUAAUAAUAAUAAUAAUAAUAAAAGACUUGCAGAGA